GCGGAAAAUAAACAAAACCCGGAAAUCUGUCUGUUCGUGUUCUUUUUUCUCUACGUGCGUGAAAUGGUCAAUCGAAAGACCAAACUUUAUUUGCAAUAUUGUAUAUUUGUAUCAAUUAGUGCUUAAAUAUAUAUAGUUAAUAAUAAUAAACCUCGCAUUUAAUUGUGUUGUGUGCUAGAUCUGAAGUGAAGUGAAAUGUGGUCGAUGACAGUGUAAAACUAAUAAAACCCCAGCAAUUAAAUUAUGUUAUUGUAAAUAACAAUAUAUCUGUGAUCUCUUGUGUAUAGCCGCUAGUUUAUUGUACACGUUAAUCAGUGUUAAUUAAUUAUUUAGUUUGUUUAUGAGUCUACGAUGAGUGGUGUUAGCUUGAAACCGCCGCCGCCGCUAAAGCAAAUUGAUUUGGAUCAGAUAUGGGGCGACCUGCGCGAGGGCAUAGAACAUGUCUACAGGAAACAACACAUGGAGAGGAAGAGAUACAUGGAGCUGUAUACUCAUGUAUACAACUACUGCACCUCGGUGCAUCAGAACACGUUCACCGGAAGCGGGUCGUCGCACAGCCGCCCGCAGGGCAGCUACGCGAGGCAGACCCAGGGCACUAGCCUUGUCAAUAAGAAACAGAGUCCAGCGACGACCGGCGGCGCUCAGCUGGUCGGCUUGGAGCUCUAUAAGCGCCUUAGGGAGUUCCUCAGGAACUAUCUCGUCAAUCUCCUUAAGAACGGAGCCGAUCUGAUGGGUGAAGAUGUCCUCGCGUUCUACACCAACCAGUGGGAAGAAUACCAGUUCAGCUCGCGCGUGCUUAACGGAGUCUGCGCUUACCUCAACCGGCAUUGGGUUAAGCGUGAGUGCGAGGAGGGCAGGAAGGGGAUUUACGAGAUUUAUCAGCUGGCAUUGGUCACGUGGCGCGACAAUUUGUUCAAAUGUUUGAACAAGCAGGUCACCAACGCUGUGCUGAAGCUGAUCGAGCGAGAACGCAACGGAGAGACUAUUAACACGAGACUUGUUUCUGGGGUGAUCAACUGCUACGUAGCCCUGGGCCUGAAUGAGGAGGACCCGAGCGCCCGCGGACAGAACCUCGCCAUCUACAAGGAUACAUUCGAGGCGGUAUUCUUGGAAGAUACGGAGAGGUUCUACACUCGAGAAAGUACUGAAUUCCUGAGGAAUAACCCGGUCACUGAGUACAUGAUCAAGGCCGAGCAGCGUUUACAAGAGGAACAGCGACGUGUACAAGUAUACUUGCACGAGACGACAAUGGAGCGACUCGCCAAAACUUGCGACAGAGUGCUCAUAGAGAAACACCUCGAGAUAUUUCACGCCGAGUUCCAGAAACUCCUAGAUGGCGAUAAGAACACCGACUUAGGUCGGAUGUACAGCCUUCUCGCUCGCAUCCCGGACGGCCUCACCGAGCUGCGUCGUCUGCUUGAACAACACAUUCACGCCCAAGGGCUCCACGCUAUCGACAAGUGCGGGGAACCCGCGCAUACGGACCCGAAGGUGUACGUUUCAACGAUACUGGAAGUGCACAAGAAAUACAACGCGCUCGUGUUGGUCGCAUUCAACAACGAUUCCGGCUUCGUGGCCGCCUUGGACAAGGCUUGCGGACGAUUCAUUAACAGCAACGCCGUCACUCGCGCCGCAAACUCCUCGUCCAAGAGUCCCGAGUUGCUGGCCAAGUACUGCGACCUGUUGCUGAAGAAAUCCAGCAAAAAUCCCGAGGAGGCGGAGCUGGAAGACACGCUCAACCAAGUGAUGGUUGUGUUUAAAUACAUAGAAGACAAGGAUGUGUUCCAGAAAUUCUACAGUAAGAUGCUCGCCAAGCGGCUCGUCCAGCACAUGUCGGCCAGCGAUGACGCCGAAGCAUCAAUGAUCUCAAAACUGAAGCAGGCAUGCGGGUUCGAAUACACGAGUAAGCUGCAGAGGAUGUUCCAGGACAUCGGCGUAUCAAAAGACUUGAACGAGAACUUCCGAAAGCACAUGUCGAACAGCUCGGAGCCGUCCCUGCACAUCGACUUCAGCAUCCAGGUGCUCUCUUCGGGUUCCUGGCCCUUCCAGCAAUCAUCUUCCUUCCAACUGCCCACAGAACUCGAGCGUUCAGUGAGCCGCUUCACGACGUUCUACUCGUCUCAACACUCGGGCCGCAAGCUCAACUGGCUGUACAACAUGAGCAAGGGCGAGCUCGUCACCAACUGCUUCAAGAACAGAUACACGCUUCAAGCCAGCACGUUUCAAAUGGCGGUGUUGUUACAAUACAACGAGAAUACAGCGUGGAGCGUGCGCCAGCUAGAACAACAUACAGGCAUUAAGGGAGAUUUUCUCGUUCAGGUGCUGCAAAUCCUGCUGAAGGCCAAGCUGCUGGUGUGCCAGGAAGACGAGACCGAGCUGACAGAGUCAUCCAUAGUGGAACUCUACGUAGGAUAUAAGAACAAGAAACUAAGGGUGAAUAUCAACAUCCCGCUGAAGACGGAACUGAAGGUGGAACAGGAGGCCACACACAAACACAUCGAGGAGGACCGGAAGAUGCUUAUACAGGCGGCGAUCGUACGGAUAAUGAAGACCAGAAAGACGCUGAAACACCAACAUCUGGUAGUGGAGGUGCUCAACCAGCUCUCGUCGCGGUUCAAGCCGCGCGUUCCCGUCAUUAAGAAAUGCAUCGACAUCCUGAUAGAGAAGGAAUAUCUGGAGCGCACCGAGGGAGAGAAGGACACAUAUAGCUACUUGGCGUGAUUGAACCAGACAAUGUAUAUGAAUUAAUGAAUAUAACAAUAUUAAUGUA